AAACAACCAAAAGCCUCCCAAAUUUCACAAAAAUAACUCACCCAAACACAAACCCACAUCAUUUUCGGCCCAUUCCUCUAAGAAUCGUGCAUUAUCUCCCAAAAUGGUGAGGACUAAAAGAGUUGUAAAGAAACCAAGGGGGCAGGCGGCAAGCACUUCUGGAAGGCGUCGAAGGGCUGAGCAAAGUCCUGAGGAGAGCGGUGAAAGCACAGACACCGAGCAGGUAUUUCAACCCGAUAACCCUCGAAACUUUGUAUCUGCAAAUGCUAUGGAUAUAUAUAGAAAUUUAGGAAAUAGGAAUGUCAUUUAUGGGUUUAGAGUAGUUUUGGAAGAUAUAUGCAAAGAGGGGCUGCAUGUAAAAGAAAUGUUAGAUGCAAUGGGAUGGACUGAAUUAGUAACUAGAAAGGUGAGGGUUUACCAGCAAUUGAUUAAUAUUUUUUAUGCAAAUUUGAGUGACUCGGAGGAUGGAGGGUAUAAAACAACGGUUCUCAAGAAGACUUUUGAAUUUGAUGCUGAAACCAUAAAUGAUGUUUUACAUUUGCCAAAUGAGGGAGCCAGGGAAUUGCAUGCAUUUACAGAGGAAUCAUCAAAGAAAUCUAUCAUGGGGGAUGAGUGGAAUGAGGGACAAACAUUAAGCAUUCACCACUUGAAUUUAGAGAAUCGGUUAAUGUUUUGGAUUUACAAUCACAUAAUUUUGCCAAGGCAAGGUUUUUUUGGGAAAUUUAGUGGUCCGGAUUGUGUGUGGUUUGCAUAUAUUCUUAGCCAAAGGCGGAUCAAUUUAGGACACCAUAUUAUGAGACACAUGGUGUAUUAUAGGGGUAGAUCGACACUCGCACUGGCAUAUGGCACUCUGAUCACGUUACUUAUGGAAAAUGCGGGUGUUGAUUUGCGUGGUAUGAAGUCCCGAGACUUAUACCGUCACGAGCUUCUUAACGAGAGUUCACUGAACAAAAUGGGGUAUGUAUUCAAUGCAAGAACAAAUUUGUGGGAAAUAAAGCAGAGAAGGAGAAGAGGAGGACAAGAUGAUGAAGAACAUGUCGAAGAAACUGAAGAAGCAGGUCCCUCACAAGCUGCUUCAUCUCGAAUGGUAGCACCUAUAGGUCUUCGAGGGACAAGAGGAGAUCCAUCUACUGCUGACACAUCCUCCGAACAGCAACCACCUGAUCCCUUUUCACAUCCGGACGCAUAAAUCCGGAUGUUGCAGUUGUUGAUGCCUGUUAAAUUCUUGUUUUAGUGUAUGAACACUGUUUGGAAGGUUUUAUUAAUGUUCUGACUUUUUAUAUAUUUGAAUAUGUACAUAUAAUGUUGACAGUAGAUGCAGUUUUAAUAGAAAUGAGCAUAUCAUAAUUGUGAUGAUUUUGUUUGGUUGAUUAUGUUCUUGAUGUGCUUCCUUUGAUGGCGAGCAAUUUGGUAGUUCAUAGUGUGCUUGAAUGGCAAUGUGUGGUUCUUGUUUUAAAGUUUGAUGUGCAUGUCGGUUUUAAUGGAUCAUUUGUAUUUGCUACAAUUUGUGAUUGUAUAUAGAAGGAUUUUGAAGUUUAUUUGAUAGUAAUGUAUGUCUCAUACUUUAGUCAAUACAGAUUAUACCGUUGA